CACCGAUGUAGCACUGCCUGACUACUGCUGUAGUACAUCGGCUGGGAACGCUUACUACGGCUUAGGGCAACUUCCCCGUUCUCUCCUCCACGACUCUUAACUUACUUGAUUCCCUCAAUACUCUCAAUUUCCGGCCUGACUAGAGUUUACAUUAACUUGUUAUUGGCCAGAGCUGACUCUGAGACGGAGUGUUGGUGGUCUGAUAAAUCAACACGAGUCGCAUUCAGGCUCCAUUGCUCAUCUAGCCAGUGACACGCGGCAGGCGUCAACAUCGAGGCAUUACCCUGUUUCUCUUGCACUUCAACGUUCAUCAUGUCAGAGGCGCUUGCCAUCGAUGCUCAGUCUCUGAGAAGAACUCAGUCUGCUGGCGAUAUCCACCAACCGCCCAGGGCCCGCCUGUCAACGUCACAUCAUCGCUCUGAACAGGACGGGAGGAAUUUCCACGCUAGUUCGUCGCCAAUUGCUGAAGGAAAUACUGAAGAUACUCCACGCAGCCCCUGGUUUUCGCCCAACAGAACCUCUACAGGGCAGCAACAAAGCAGAAGAUCCUCCACUUCCACUUCUCGACCACGCCUCUCCUUAACUGCCAGAUUCAAAGCAUUCUUUGGGAUUGGUCCUGAUGCAUCAAGAACACGUAAAGCUCUCGUAUCAGUUGUGUGGACGUUGGCAUAUGGUUUCUUUCAAGUUGCGGCUAUUAUCGCCGUCCUGGGUGUAGCCUCUGUAACGACCAGCCCGACAAAUGCUGGGGUCCAGCAGAUCGAUGCUUGUGGGCGGCCUCUCGUUGCUUGGGAUUGCAUUUGGAUAGUGAAAGUUUGCUUAUCGUCCACCCUGGCGUAUUGGAAUUUCGUUAGAAUUCGAAAGGCGGAGAAUACAUCGAGACCAGGUGAUGCUGAGUCUGGUGAUCGCCCCCGAACGGAUAAUGAGGGGAACCCUCGUCGUAGCGACCCAAGUCGUCGUCGACAGAGAGAUCCUCAUAGACGGGCGAGGAACACGACUUCAGGCGGUGCUCCAAGUCAAGAUGAGCCAACACCGCCAUAUUCUUAUCUUUACGCGCGCUUGUCACUCCUUUCAUCCAUGCUCACCCUGACAUGGUUUCUAACCGCGCACAUUUUGGAGUACACAUCCGUUGACUCAUGCCGACUUUCUUCGCCCCUCGUCUGGUGGCUUACUUUUGGAAUUUUAUGCACGAUGUAUUUCCUGGUUCUCGAGGUCUUGGUUUUCGGUUUUCUUGUUUUCAUGGUUUUGCCUUUCAUUAUGCUUUUCUACAGUAUUAUCCUCCUAUGCUUGGGUCGUCACCCACUUCAGAACCCUCACUAUAUUAAACCCGAAAUCGAAAAGCUGCCCAAAGCCAUUGUCGAACGUAUCCCUCUAGUCAUCUACAUUCCUCCUCCACCAGAAGACGAUGGAAAGGCACAACCGAUUUCCUUGCCGAAGCCUGUUCAUAGCUAUCCACCCAAACCACCAGCCUCGCGGACGCCAAGGAGGCGAUUUGCAUUCUUCCGCCGUAGGCCAGCCAAUAAGUCCGAUCAAGGCGUUGAAACCCGUGACGGCAAACCGGGCGCGAAGUCAGACGCCAAAGAUGCGGAAACUUGGGAAGAUACCUGGGAGCAAUGCGAGUAUCCCUUUGUCCGAUUGGAAGGCAAUCGAGCUGCCUGCGCCAUCUGCUUGAUGGACUUUGAAGAACCAAAGCGACUGUCCACUGCUGCAGAGACAAGCACGACGGAGAAGAGAGAAGAAGAACAAGCUGCAGUUGCGCCCGCCGAAGUGAACCCGUCUCGCCAGCGUGAAGAGGAAGUUGAAAUACCGGUGGAACGUAUCACUGAAGAAGAAAGAGGCGGGCUCCCUCACCUUGAAGAUGCGGGAGUCGGCCCGCAACCUCUUCGACUACUUGCGUGUGGUCACGUCUUUCAUAAAACAUGCAUCGACCCUUGGUUAACUGACGUAUCCGGCCGGUGUCCGGUGUGUCAGCGACCCGUGGAGCUUGAUGAGACGGAACCAAAGAAAUCGAGGCGAAGACGUCGCUCAUAACCGCUUUCCGCGAAUAUAGUGGUUUCAGUUGUGGGUGACGAAUUACUAGUGUAGGGGCCGAUGCAGUCCGAUGCAUGUUGAUGCGACGUUCGUGCCAAGAUUUUGAUUACUCAGCUGACUGACUCACGCCAUAUGACAAAUGUCCUCCGAGGGACUGUCCGAUGUCCAUGUCAGGCCUUGCCGACAUCACGGUCAAUUUAAAUAAAAGCUUGAGUCCGCUCUGUGAAAUGAUCC